AUGAAUGUCGCUGCAGAGUCCAUUUUGAGUGCCGCGGUGCCGUCAAUUGAGCAAAACGCAAUAUCGGUUAAUCCUUGGGAACCUACGCCGACAAUGCGGGAUGAUUUGAGUUUUGGCUUUGAGGCAAUGCUUCUUUGGCCUUUGGAAGACUAUGGUCCUUAUUGUGCUGAGAUGCCGGCCUUAUCAAACCAGAUACCGCCUGUCAAUAUGUCCUUUGACGGAUCGCAAGAAUCAAAUCAUGAAUUAACAGAUGCUCCAGACGAAUUCUCGACAGCGGGCCAGUCUCAGAGUCAGCAGGCAAAUUUCCAUCCAACUCAACUAGAGCCGGGUGACAAACCUGACCCCCAGCUUUCAGAGGCUGAUCUUGACAUACUCGCAGCCGAGGACUUUUGUCAAGUUCCCUCCAUAUCUUUGUCAACUUAUGAAAAAAUAUGCGAGAUGUGCGACCAUAUAUCACAAUACUCCAGCCUUCAACUGCGUGGAAUUCUUCCGAGUUUGGACAUACUGAAUGUAUUUGUUCAAUUGUACUUCGAAAAAUUCCACAAAUCCUUCCCAGUCCUCCAUCAGUCUACCUUUGAAACAACGAGUGACUCCUUGUUGUUAUACAUCGCCGCCGCUGCGAUUGGUGGGCAAUAUUCACGUCUUUCUGUGCGAGCAACACACAUUACUGGCUUGAUUCGAAUUUUACGACAUGCAUUCUUGUCCAAGGUACGCCAUAUUGUCAACUUCCUCUGA